AUGGAAAACUCAAAGGAAAAACUUCUCCGAAGCAUAUCGUCGUGUAAACAUGCCCUAAAUGAACGGCCAAAACGCAUACAAAGAUUUCCGUUUUUAGCUGAAAAUGGUGUCAUGUAAACGGCCCCUAUGACAACAACACUGUCAAAACGAUCCCCAUUCACACGGGUCCGCGAAAACGACUAAAAACGCUAUAUUAUGCAUACCAGGUCAAUAGUUGGCGAUGUCACGUUGUAAAGAAAGACUACGCGCCUGCGCACAUAAGCAAUUUUCACAGAGAACUCGCGCCAACACCUAAGAAGCUGUCGCCGUUUUCACGGAGAUGAUAACGGUAUCAUUUAAAAAAAAAAAACUGUACUGAACCCAGUUUCCAAAUGUUUGCGUUUUCAGGUCCCCAAAACGCCGUUGUCAUGUAAAUGAACGACUAAAACGCAUAAAAAGUUUUCCGUUUUUAGUUGAAAAUGGUGUCGUGUAAACAGGCCCUAAGUCUUUUAAUGUUAACUUUUCUGAUUAGUCAUAACAUAUAACAAAUAGCCCAAAAAAGUGACAAAAAUGUUAUUGUCAUUUAAAAAUGUUGACCAGGCCUGCAUGUAUUCCGAUUGGGAAUACAAUUUUAACAAACAUUAAAUGAUGCGAUACAAUGAGAUCAGUUCACAGCUGCUGCAGUCUAUGACAGACUCAGUCUGAUAAAGUGGAACCACGGGAAAGCUGCAACAUUACUGCGGUGAAACACUGCUCAAACCCCGCUAACCACCCGAACACAGAAUGCAAAAUACCGGUUAACAGGUUCUUUCCAUGAACACGGUUGCCGCAAGUGAGGAACUUAUUAAAACGCUGGAGAAAUGCAGCAAGAGCGCUGUUCUUCCUCCGACAGGCCUCUGGAUCCCGGCGGUCUGCUCACAUGCGACGCCGAGCGGAGCGCUGACCGGCUCGGGUGCGCGGCGGUGGAUUUCCCGGUAGCUGUAGUUCUGCCCGCGGGAGGCUCCGGAGAGAGGAUGGGACUGCCCACACCAAAACAGUUCUGCACCAUUCUUAACAGACCUCUGAUAAGCUACACAAUUCAAGCCUUUGAGAGAUUACCAUGGAUCGGAACUGUUGUCGUUGUGGUUGCUACAGAGAAUCAUGACUUGAUGCUGAAUAUUGUCCUGAAAUUUAAUCACACAAAGGUAAAAGUAGUCCACGGAGGAACCACCAGACACAGGUCUAUCUUCAACGGACUUCAGGCCUUCAGUAACUCUACUGACUUAUUGACACCUAAACCAAAAGUGGUCAUCAUCCAUGAUGCUGUACGUCCCUUUGUGGAAGAAGAUCUUCUGUUGAAAAUCACCCUAGCAGCUAAAGAGCAAGGGGCCUCGGGCGCAAUACGUCCUCUAGUGUCCACGGUCAUUGCAACCACGUCAGAAAGCUACCUGGACCACUCGCUGGAGAGAGCGAAGUACAGAGCCAGUGAAAUGCCUCAAGGAUUUCUUUAUGACAUUAUUUUCCAGGCCUACCAGCAGUGCAGUGAAUUUGACUUUGAGUUUGGCACGGAGUGCCUACAUUUGGCCCUGCAGUACAGUGGCACGAAUGCAAAGCUCAUAGAGGGACCACCGACUCUGUGGAAAGUAACAUACAAGCGAGAUCUAGCAGCUGCGGAGGCUAUUAUUAAAGAGACACUUUCGAUGUCAGCGUGUAUCAUUGCAGGAGCUGAAGCAGAAGCUGUCGAGUUGGCCAAAACGCUUCAGAAAAAUCUGAACAUGAUGGAGACAGACGUCAUUUCAUGCGCAAAGGAGAGUAAUACGGAGUACCUGUCCAAAACUCGAAACUUCAUUCACAUAUCUAUGAGUGGAUCAAACUUCUCAGGGGUCCUAGAAAUGGUGAAACGUUUUGAGGACAUCGGUCACGCUCGUUUAUACCCAGUAGUUAUUGUUUGGGUACAGCUGAACAUGACAAAGCAGUCUGUCGAUAGCCAAAAGACAGAUGAGUUAACAGCCUUCAUGGGUCUGGCCUCUGAAGUCAUACAGGGAAAUGUUCUGCUCUACGGAAUUGAGAUUGAUCACUCCAAGGUGCCAGAGCAGUGGGAGAGAUCUGUGGAGAGACUCACUCAAAUCACUGUCGCCCUCAUCAGAGACCGAAAUGCUGCUCUCGCUGGGCAGCUGCUUCAUACUUGAAACUGAGGCAGGAGAAGAUGCAUUACAGUAGACAACCAGGAUGCAGCCUGUGGACUCAAAGAUAGCAGCAUGGAAUCUCAAAGGUCAAAGGACAUUUGCAAACGAAGGCAUUUUAAUAUAAAAUAAAGACAGCGAGUGACAGCGUGGUCAAGACAGUAAAUGUUUGGAUCAAUUGAUCGAUUUGUUUCAAGGUAUAUUUCAAGGUAAGCAAAUUCAAAUGCAAAAUUGGCCUGGUUUGCCUAGGCUCAUGUACAGCAACACAAACACAGUUAAAAGAACCUCUGAAUUCUUAAUUCUUACAUAUUUUUGUUUGUAAUUUUUUUUUUUUAAUAAAACAAAAAAAAAAAGUUCUGUUUUAACUUUUUUUGUUGUUGCAAUGACACUGUUCUUUUUUUUUUUUUUUUUUUUUUUUUACUCGUAAACUCCUUUCCAAAAUUAUUCCAUUUUAUAUGUCCUGUUUAAACUAUAAGAUUAUUGCUAUUAUUAAACUGUUUAUACAUUUAAAUUAAGGAUGAAAUUGUGCCUUUAGAGGUACAAAAUCUCAUGCCUGCCUUAAUCACGUAAUUGAAAGCAUGUUCUGACAAUGAGGCCAUUUCUAUAUUUAAUGAAAUGCUGCCAUCUUGUGGAGGGGAAUGAAAAUCAGCUGUUGUGCAUCACAGUUGGUAACUACAGGUGCAUCUCAAUAAAUUAGAAUGUCGUGGAAAAGUUCAUUUAUUUCAGUAAUUCAACUCAAAUUGUGGAACUCGUGUAUUAAAUAAAUUCAAUGCACACAGA